UUCUUGCCGUCUAAGAAUGGGGUUAGUUAGCACAUAUGUAUAUAAACCUUCUUGUUCUUUUCCACAAUUUACAUACCCCUGCUAUUAUCACACUUUACUACUCUCUGCACUGCAUAUACAAGUGGAAGGCCCAUGUCAGUGUCAAGAGUUGAAGCCUAUUAUGAGAGAAAAGGGAAAAAGAAAACAUGCAAUUUGAGCAGGCAUAGCAGAGAUAAAUUCCAGGAGAGAUUAGAUUUCAAAUUCUAUGAUUUCCACGCUCUGGAGAUAGAAAAAGGGUGGAACAAUCUUUUUGUUUCCAUUAUUUCCAUAGAAACAGGGGAAACCAUAGCCAAGUCUGGCAAAGCAUCAGUACAAAAUGGGAAGUGUCAUUGGGAAGAUUCGAUGCUAAGUACCAUGUGGAUUUCUGAGGAUCUUUUACAAAACAAUGAAAGCUUCCUCCUUAAGCUUGUUGUUGCCAUGGUCUGUUGGUUACAUUCAUUACCAUGCUUCACAUUUGAUUUUGUUUAUUUAAUAUAUGGUAUAAAUCAAUUUUACACAAACAUAUGAUAAGAUUUAACCUCUAAUCAUAUUCAUUAUUGGGAAGAUUCGAUGCUAAGUGUCAUUGGGAAGAUUCGAUGCUAAGUACCAUGUGGAUUUCUGAGGAUCUUUUACAAAACAAUGAAAGCUUCCUCCUUAAGCUUGUUGUUGCCAUGGUCUGUUGGUUACAUUCAUUACCAUGCUUCACAUUUGAAAGCUUCCUCCUUAAGUGUCAUUGGGAAGAUUCGAUGCUAAGUACCAUGUGGAUUUCUGAGGAUCUUUUACAAAACAAUGAAAGCUUCCUCCUUAAGCUUGUUGUUGCCAUGGGAUCUGCGAGAUUUGGGACUCUUGGGGAGGCUAUCAUUAAUUUAGCAACUUACGUUAGACCAGAUGUGAGUACUGCAUCAUUGCCUUUGAGACAAUGUUCCCAUGGGACAAUCUUACAAGUUAAAAUUCAAUGUUUGACCCCGAGAAGCAAACACAGGAAGGGAGCAAAUUCAUUUGUGGAAGAAAUGAGUGUUUGCUCUGAUGAUGUAGACAGCAUAUCUGAUGUAUCUGACAAUACAUUCAGCAGGACUAGUGGAUCUCCAUAUUGGGACUAUCAAGAAAAUACAUAUCAUCGAAGAGAACUUAGCAGUAAGAGAAUAAGUCCACUGGCAACAUGUUCAGAUCACGAUACUGGCAGCUCCUUGUCCUUCUGGAUCGGGAAGCUCCCCCAACAAAGCAAUGUCAGUGGACUGAAGAAGAAUAUGAAUGAGAGACAAGAUUCAACUUACUCUGAAAAUAUCCACUAUCCAUUAUAUGAUGCCUCCGGAUCAAUACAUUCAUCUCCAGUAACCUCAAGUUCGAGGACACCGGUUCAAGGUAAAAUUGAAGAGCAUGGGAAAGUUUCACAUGCCAGCGACACGACGUUGACAAGGAGUGUUGGUUCAUCUAAAGAUCUUCUGGGUGUGGCACAAGUAACCAUUGAUUUACUUCAUGGUGAAGCAAAGAUGUGGGAAGAAAAUGCUACAAAGUUGAUGGUUGAUGUGGAGAGACUGCAAAAGCAUUUAAACAAGAAAUCGAAGAAUAAAAAAGAACUGGAAAUGGAGUUGUCAGCAUCACGCAAAGAGAUUGAUGCAUUGAAGGAUGAAAUUCAACUACUAACCUCAGCAAUAAAGCAAAAUGACAGCAGAAAUCUUAAGCUCCAGAUUGAAGAGAUGGAUAAUACAAUAAAGGAGUUGAAGAAUGAGAUCAAGUAUCAGAAAGGACUUAAUUGUGACUUGGAGUUGAUAAAGCAAACACAGGAGUCAAAAAUUGAUCUUGUUUCCAUCCUACAGAAACUAGAAAAGAUAAAAGAAAAGCAGAGAAUGAAGAUUGCUGGUCUAUCAAUGAAUUGUUUGCCGUUUCAAGAUGUUGACAUUAGUAGCUGUGUGCCUGAAGACAGUGAGGAAGAGGACUUUAGUUUAAGCAAGGAAGUGCUACCAGAGAAAAUGAAAAAGGAGUUUUGUCAUUCAGAUAUUGAUCUUGGCACUAGUGAAAAUGCAAUAAGAUGCCUGCAUGAAGGGAUUGAACUACAGGAAUUCCGGAACUUGGAACUUGAGCACCAACUUAUGCAGGAGAAGCACAAAAGUAUGGAAAGUACUAUCCAGUUUCUGGAGAAAACUCUGAACGACAAAGAUAAAGAGAUGCAAACUGCAAGAUGUUUUAUGGCUCGAACAUUAGAAGAAAAUGAGGCAAAAUGGAAGAGUAGGCUGUUUGAGAAAGGCAAACAAAUCAUCAACUUUGAAAAGAGGUUGUCUGAUGGUGUUUAUGCUUUUGGCAAUGAAAUCUUAUCUUUAACACAAAGGGUGCAAGAUCUUGAAGCUGAAUAUUGUGAGGAACAAGGAGAGUCCAGAAAGAAUCUGAUAAUUUCUAGUUCCUUUUCCUCUAACUUUCCACUCUUUUGCUCUGAUAGUAGUACUAUCAACAUCAUUGAAGUGUUCCUUGAGUUAUAUAAGCAGCUGCAGCUUUCAGUAGAAAAACUGAGGGGUCAAGAGAAUCUUCUGAAUCAAAUGACAUUAACCAAGAAUGAGAAUUGUUUCAGUAUAUCAGAUCUCUCAAAAGAUGUGGGAAAAAUAGAUUUAAAGGAAUUGUCUGAAGCAAUCCUAUGUACCAUUAUCCUGUUGAAGAAGUUGCUUGAAACAAAAACUUCUUCCUUUGAGUACAAGAUUAAUUCUCAAGAUGAGUUAGUUGGGAGAAAAAUCAGAGAUGAUAAUGUAUAUCAGAAUGAAGUUAGAGAUUGCAGUGUAAGGGGAAAUAUAGUCUGUAUUUCUUGUCAGGAAUUGAGAAAUAUACAGGAAAAACUCAUGUCUCAUAUUCCACCAGAGAUGAAAAAUCAACAGGUUGAAUCUGCAGAGACGAACAAGCUGAAAUCUCACAAUAUGUCAGGGAAGGAGAAAACUUGUCUAAGAUAUUCCAAGUUACAACUUGAAACUGAAGUUGCUUAUUUGCAAUCCAAAAUUUCUUCAAGUUGCUCAGCUGAUUUUCCAAACGAUAUGAAGUUUCAUUAUUGGACAAAGGACUCCCACACUUUGAUCAGCAAAGAUCGUGUAAGGAAUCCAUCUUUUGCAAGUUGUGAUGAUGAAGGCAAUAUUUUGUUUGGACUAGAAGCAGAAAAGGAACAGUUUUCUGAAAGGGUGCUUAGCUUAGAAGCUGAAAUGAGACAUUUGAUUGAAGAAAAGGAGUCGACUCAUUUGGCACUGAAGAAUACUGAAAAUGUUGUAAAAAAUCUCCAGGAUGAGAUCAGAAGAAUGGAAGGAUUGAAUGAGGCACAAGAAGUUGAAUGGAAAAGAAAGGAGGAAAGCAUGCAGAAAAAAUGGAAAGAAGCUCAAGAGGAGUGCAGCUUUCUGAAAGUAGCCAACUUAGAAUUACAAGCUACAAAUGAAGAAUUGAUUGAAGAAUCUAAAACUCUUCAAACAACAAAUGAUGAGUUAAGAAUGCAAAAUUUGGACUUGCAUGGCCAAUGUACAGUAUUAGAUUCUAAAUUGGGGGAAUCACAUAUUGCAUUUUCUGAUAUGUUGAAACUAAUUCAAGAAUUGGAAUACAAAUUUACUUCAAUGCAGGAAGAAAUAGCUUUGAAAGAAAAAACCAUUAAUGUAGAUCUUGAUUUCAUUCUUGAGGAAAGCAGAAAGCAAGAAGAAAGGUUCAUUAUUGAAGAGAAAUUGUUAACACAGACGAAUUUAGAAAAAACAACUGAGGUAGGUUACUUGCAGAGAGAGGUUGAACACUUAAGAGACCAGAUCUCUUGUAUCUGUGAUAGACACAAGACGAUGGCUUCUAAUACUAUACUUGAGGUCUAUGAUUUAUGUGCUGAUAAAGCUAUGAUUGAAGCUGCUCUUCAACAAGAACAGGAGAAAGGAAGGCUACAUCAAGCCAAGCUUGAUAAUCUUCAAGCUGAAUACAAAGUCAUGAUGCAAAAUUAUACCGAAGAACUGGCAGCCUCCAAGGCAGACCAAGAAACUCUUAAGGUUAAUUAUGAAAAAGUAGUUGCUUUGUUGGAUAACGUCAAAUCAAACGAGGAGAAACUGAAGGGCACUGUUAGAGGGCUCGAAGCAGAAUUGAAAGCCUCUGAACUAGAGAGGCUACAAGCAACUGAAGAAAUAUUUGAACUAGAAGUUCAACUUCAGAAAACAGAAAUGCUUCAAGAUGAAAUCUUUAUCCUUAAGAGAUCACUGUAUGAAGCAGAAUUUGAAUUCAGAAGAUUGGAAGCUUCAUAUCAGACGCUAUCCUUGGAGUUUGAGGAGCUGAAGGCCAAGAAUGCAUCUUACAUUGGAAGAAUCUCAACCACUGAGAAAGUUACAUCUGAGUUGGAGGACUGCAAGCGCAGUAAAAUUGAGUUUGAGGAACAAAUCCUUCGGCUGCAAUGGAAUCUAAAAACAAAAGAAGCUUCUUGUAUCAAUAAGGCCCAGUUAAAGUAUGAAAUUUCCCAAAUGACAAAAGACAAUGCUGAGCUUCACAGGAAGAAAGAUUUUCUUCAACAAGAGAAUGAAGAGUACAAGAACAAGGUUAAAGAUCUUGAAGAAAGGCUGAAACAAAAGAAGGAUGUAAAAGAAGACCAUUAUGACGCCAAAGAUUGCAGUACUUCUACCACUGCCAUACAUGAUUUGAACAUUUUUACAGGAACAGGAUAACUGAAGCAGUACCAAAUCCAGUGAAGGGUCAUUCUUGCCAGAUCGUUUACAUUAGAACCAUUCUCUUUGUUCCUUUUUCUGUACAAGACUGCAAGUCAUAACAAUGUAGCUGAUUUUAACUUUUCCUAAUUUCGAAAUCAUUAUUCUAUGGGUUUUCAAUCCAAAGAACCUGGCUUUCAGGUCCAUGAAAUUUCAUUCCUACUAGUUCUUUCUCCA